UCUCGUCGUCAUGUCAAUUCACCACCGCCACCGCCACCACUUCCUAUCAAUUCACCACCACCACCACCACCUCCUCCUAUCUCAACCGAAGUUCGAAGUCUUUCCUCGGUCGCUAAUACGGGUGGCGGCUCCCGUGGUUCUACAUCAUACAAGCCGAAAACACGAGUGGUUGAUUGGUAUAGAGAAUUCAUCGGUGAAAUCGUGCUGUCAAAAGUUCAGAUUCCCCUCCCGGAAUUCAUCGAUGUUGGUGGAAGGCUAAUAACUAUUUACAAAGGCAUUCCAGAAGGAUUAAGAGCUGAACGCCACCCUCGAGUGUACGCUGCAGCUAGUCCCAGAAGAAUAUAUAUCGGUAACUUGCCAUUGAGUGUCGAUGGCUUACGUCUCGAGGAGGUUUUCGGCGAGUAUGGUAAAGUUUUGAGUGCUCGAGUAGUCUGUGACUGGGAGAGUGGAAGAUCGCUCGGUUUCGGCUUUGUGGAGAUGUCGACUGAAUCUCAAGUAAAUGAUGCCAUUGCAAAACUUGACGGAAAGAGUUUUGAUGGGAGAGCAAUCAGAGUAAAUGUUACUGAAGAAAGACCAUGGCUUGGCAAUUUUAGAUUUGGUUAAGGCACAACAACUCAAGGCAUAUUCUUCAGUCCGAGUUUCCCCUGUAAUCUCUUCAAGGUAUUCGACGUCAACGGGCCGUGUGGGCCCGAGAGAGGAACAACGGGAUUUUCGUUAGUUUAUUCAAGUUCCAUUUUCUUGAAAAAAUCUGUCAAUAUCUCAAAUGUGUAAAUAACAAGACCAAAUAAUAAAAGAUUGCCUGAUGUGUUGUUAGGAAGAACAAGUCUUAAAUGGACAAACUUAUUGGCCUCAACAACCUGACAAAUAAAAUAAAAUAUGACAUAAAUUAUGUCACCAAUUUGUAAUUGUCAGGCUGCGAAUAGUUGUUACUAUCAUAUUAAAUCACAAGAGAUUCUUGGUCACAAGCUAUUGUCACGACACGGCUGCAAGUCGUUGUUUUCCGGAAAGAGCCAAAAUGUUGAACAAAAACAAUUCAUCCGAAGAAAACACAGCCCCAUGAACUGCAAAAUGUACUAUCUUUUUGUAAACGUUAUCGAAUUUUGAGGGAGAGAGAGAGAGAGAGUUGAAAAUGGCUUUUGCUGCUGUAGUUUCCCUUAAGCAAACAAUCGAGCGCAUCCUUUUGCUUCCUCCCGGAUCCAAGAUUCUUCUUCCCAACACAGAAAUGAAACUUAUCUCCGAUGAGCUUUGUUACUUGCAAUCAUUUCUCGAAGCAAUCAGUCCUCCACAAAGCAGCAGCAGCAAGAGCGUGGAAGCUUUCGAGAGACAAAUCAAAGACGUGGUGCAUAAACUCGAAGAUCUCAUCGACUUCCAUAUAUCAGAUAAGUUUCUUUCGGGAUCCGGAAGCGCUGCAGAUGACGGUUUGACUUUCGUCUUUUCUCAGCAACUACUCGAGUUCAGACAAGAAGUUAGUUCAUUCACCAAAAUAUUGAAGACAAAGGAAGAGUGCGACAUUAACAGACAAAACCAACAACAGAGCGAUUCUUCUGCUUCAGAAACCACCCUAUCAAGAAUUGAUUAUGGUGGGAAUAAGAAAAAGAUCGUGGGAUUGGGUAAGGAACUGAGGAAACUAAGACAUUGGGUUUUGUCGAACACAUACGGACGUUGCUCUACGAUGUUAGUUGUCGGUAUGGCUGGCAUCGGUAAGACUAUUGUGGUCAAACAAGUUUACGACGAUCCAGAAGUCAAGGUUCAUUUUGAUCGAUGUUUAUAUGUGACGCUCGGCCCCCAUUAUCAAUUGAAAGAAACUCUGCUACUUCUGCUCGAUCAACUCAAAGCUGAUAAUGAAGAUCUUCGUGAAGAUUCUAGUGAAGAUUCUUUAUCCAAGCUUGUAUACCAGAUUUUACUCGGUAAGAGGUAUCUCGUAGUGUUAGAUGACGUAUGGAAUACACACAUCAGGGAAGAAUUCAAACACUAUCUUCCAGAUGAGGUGAACCAAAGCCGUAUCAUCAUUACAUCUAGGAUGCGAGACUUCGAUGAACUAUCUAUGGAGAUACCAUUGUUGAAUAAUGUUGAAAGUUGGAAUCUACUUCGAGAUUUAGUAUUCACUACUACUGGAGGGUCGUGCAGUCCUCAACUUGAGAAGAUCGGUAAGGAGAUUGCCAAGAAAUGCGAAGGGCUCCCUCUGGCAAUUAUCGAGGUCGGAAAGCUCCUGCGUAAGAAAGAGAAGACGGUCGAGGAAUGGCAAUUCAUAGCAGACAAAGAAGAUCCACUCACCAUCAAAUCAGAUGACAACACACCCCUCUCAAAUGCGCUACUUUUGAGUUACACGAUGCUGCCCCAAUACCUAAAGGUAUGCUUUCUGUAUAUGAGUGUCUUCCCAAAAGGAUACGAGAUUUCUCGCUCGAAGCUCACCAAAUUGUUGGUUGCCGAGGGCAUUCUUGAACCACAAAAGAACAAAAACUUGGAAGAAACAGCCGAUGAGUGCUUGAACGAACUUAUUUCUCAUAGUGUUGUUAUGAAGAAGAAGCAGAGGUCUAGAGGUAAACGGACAACUAAAACAUGCAAACUGCAUUUCACUUUUCGGAAUCUGUGCGUUAAUGAAGCCAAGAGUGAGAACUUUUUCCACGUCAUAAACAAGUACCCCGACAGUUUUCCAGAGGGUAUAGAUAGCCAGCGGAGGUUGUGCGCACACAACAACAUUGUACUUGGUUUCGAACAAGCCCAUAUCUGGAUGGAAUCAGUUUCGGGCGCGCGUUCUCUUCUUUGUUACGGUCCAAAGCAACAAUAUCCAAUAAGGUUGUACUUGCCUUUUCGAUUGCUCAAGGUACUAGACGCCGUUUUGAUGCGGUUUUACGAAUUCCCACAUCAAGUAGUAGAACUAUUUCAUUUGAGGUACUUGGCAGUAACAUCCAAUGGAGAGAUACCUUCUUCCAUAUCACGUCUUUCGAAUCUCGAAAUCUUGAUUAUCCAUCAGCAUCAUAGGGUUAUCAAAUCGUCGAAUUCUCCUGUUUAUUUGCCUGUAGAGAUUUGGAAGCUGCAUAAACUCAAACACCUGGUGUGCAUGGGAUUCGACCUGCCAGAUCCUUCUCCUGCAAACGACGAUUCUCUUAUCCUCGAGAAGCUUUUAACAAUUUCAGGUGUUGGCGCUCAUAGCUGCACCAAAAGAGUUCUUACACGAAUCCCUAACCUAACGAAGUUAGGGAUUCGGAUCGAGACAAAAGACGACGAUGAAACCGCCGCCGUUGAAGCCCUGAGUUUUCUCGGCGGCGGCGACCGUUUCGCCUCCGUCUACGAAGAAUUCGAGUCGUUCAAAUGCGUCGUCAUAAACCCUAGCCUCGUAAGGUGUCAGAUUGUUCCGAAUUUUCCGGCGAACAUCAGUAAGAUAAGUUUGAGCGGAUGCGGAUUCCCAUGGGAGAACAUGAGAGCGAUCGCAGAACUGCCGAAUCUCCGAGUGCUGAAACUCCGGUGGUGCGCAUUCUCCGGCCCGGAGUGGGAAAUGAGGCGCGAAAAUCGGUACGCGCUAUUCAACGGUCUGGAAUUCCUGCUGAUGGAAGAUUUAGAUAUACAGCAAUGGAGAGUGGAAUCUUACCAGUUCCCGAACAUGAACAGGUUGAUCAUACGGCACUGCUACAAAUUGACGGCGAUCCCCAUUUUUGGGCUUCACUACUCGCUGAAAAUUGAGGUGGAUGGUUGCUCCCCAUUGGUCACUCAGCAGUUAAUAUCUGAGCAGAAGCUCAACAGCCGAUGGGUUUAUUUUGGUCUUCGGGUCAAGUUUUCAGGUGAUGGUGAUGGUGAUGAUGACGAUGGUGAUGAGAAACCCUAAUCCUGAAUCAAAUUUUAGCUUUUACUUUUCA